AUGGCCGUCACUACUCCGGGUUGCAAGGAAAGAGAAAGUAUCUUUGGAAGAAUCACCGAUUUGAUUUAUCAACAAGUCUUUAUUGGAACAUGUACAAGUAUGGACAUGCUCCAAGGAAUCAUGGUGUUUAUAUCAUGGACAACAUAUUCAAAGAAGCCAUUCUUGAACUUUUACUGCCAUGUUGUCAUGGGGAUCGUUUGUGACAUGGGAAUUAAUAAGGCCGUCCCAAAAGACCUCUCGACAAUGCAGGCAUUCAAAUACGCUGUCGGCUGGCGACAAAAUAAUGUUCCUACCAGAACACUAGACGAGCGCAGGGCCGUGCUAGGAUGUUUCCUCAUCAGUUCUGGUGUUGCGUUGGCAAUGUCUAGAAUUGACGCUUUGAGAUGGAAUCCGUACAUGGAUGAGUGCUUGGCCGUCUUGACGGACACAAAAGAGUGCCCAGAGGAUGAGAUACUGGUGAACCUUGUCAGGAUUCAGUUAGUAAUGGACAAGGUUUACCAUGCCCGACGCGAUGGCGAAGACCAAUUUCAGGCUCGCAUCUACAUCAAAUCUUUUGAGGGCCAACUUGAUGCAAUUCGAAAACAAAUUCCACUGCAUCUGCAACGUGAUGAACUCGUCAUUCAUGACUGGGCAAUACAAACCCCUAUUUAUCCAUAUUCCCCGGAGCUUCAACGACUUGAAAGCCUCUAUACAGCCCUACAAGCCACCAAGAACUGGUUAGACGUCUGGUUAUCUUUCUCUCCAGAUUUUUAUCAAGGACUUCCUUUCACAUUGUUCUUCCAGUUUGCUCGUAAUAUUGUGAGCCUUUAUAGGCUGUCAACCCUCGAGGAUCCAGGCUGGGACAGGAACAUGGUCCGGAGCACUGCGAACAUUCUUGACAUUAUCGAACGAAUUAUUUACAACAUGAAAAAAUGUGCCAACAUGGUUGCCGAAGCCAAUCCGGCACUCCGCGAGUUUGACAAGGGAAUCUUCGACAAAGGAAUGAAAAUGAUGGCAUCGAUAAAAUUAGGAUGGGAACCAAAACUAAUGGAGAUUUGGUACCCAAGUUUACCCCCAAGUGGUCUCAAUGGCGACGAGUUUGUUGCACCUGCCACCGAUCUCUCUAACAUGAUACCUUUUGGUCUUGAUGACGUGUGGAUGAUGGAAGUCUUUGGUUCUUUGUAA